GAGAAAGAGAUGUCCAAGCAACGCCAUUAGUAGUAGCUCUAGCUCAGUCGCUUAGAUAAUUAGUCACCAGCAAGAAGUAGAGCAAGUAAGGCUACAGAGGGAGACAUAUGGCAAUGUCUGCAACAUCUGCUGCUGCACUCCUCAAUGGUUUGAGCUCACCCUUCUUGUCUGGCGGCAAGAAGAGCCAGAACUUGCUCACAUCGAGCAUUGGAGCCAGAGUUGGUGGUGCUGCGGUUGCUCCCCGGAAGCUGAUUGUUGCCGCUGCAGCUGCCAAGAAGUCUUGGAUUCCGGCUAUUAAGGGAGGAGGCAACUUCAUUGACCCAGAGUGGCUGGAUGGCUCGCUCCCAGGAGAUUAUGGGUUUGACCCAUUGGGGCUAGGUAAGGACCCAGCCUUCCUCAAGUGGUACAGAGAAGCUGAGCUGAUCCAUGGACGAUGGGCAAUGGCAGCUGUAGUAGGCAUCUUCGUUGGCCAGGCCUGGAGUGGGAUCCCAUGGUUCGAGGCUGGUGCUGACCCAGGUGCAAUUGCGCCCUUCUCCUUUGGCUCUCUCUUGGGCACCCAACUCCUGCUCAUGGGAUGGGUGGAGAGCAAGAGGUGGGUCGAUUUCUUCAACCCAGAGUCCCAAUCGGUUGAAUGGGCCACACCAUGGUCUAAAACGGCCGAGAAUUUUGCGAACGCCACAGGCGAUCAAGGCUACCCUGGUGGUAAAUUCUUUGACCCAUUGUCAUUUGCUGGUACAAUCAAGGACGGUGUAUACAUCCCAGAUGUGGAGAAGCUGGAAAGACUGAAGUUGGCAGAGAUCAAGCACGCUCGGAUCGCCAUGUUGGCUAUGCUCAUUUUCUACUUCGAGGCUGGGCAAGGGAAGACACCUCUUGGAGCUCUCGGUUUGUAAACUUGUUUAAUUUAAUUAGGCUGUGUACAUUUAUUUAUGUUAUUGAUUAAGAGACGAUCAACCCAAAUAGACGACUUAAUUGCAUCCUGAAUCCUGAUGAUGAGAUCCCAAGUCCCACCAAAAAAAAAAAAACGAAAAUUCUUUCUUCUUCAAUUCUCUUUCCAUGGCGUCCUCAGUCUCAGAGAGAGAGAGAGAGAGAGAGAGGGGGUGGGGUUAAUUUGUCAGAUAUUGUCUUUCUGCUUGUUAGUGGCAUGACUCAAUUCAAGGAUGGAUAAAACUUAGAAAAUGUGCA